GCUUCGGCCGAUUGAAGCUUGCUCCUUUUCCGACUCCGAUCGCCUUCUAAAGAAAUGCUCUCUGUCUCUCUCUCACACACACGCACAUCCGUUCGAUCGCUGCUUCUCUUGGCCUCGGUUUGACCGUAAUCAAAUCGGGUCGGGGGGGUUCAACGAAAACGCUACAGAUAUUGCGGCCUUUCAGGCUCUGAUCGACCUUCCUGUGCGCCCGAAUAAGAAUGGCUUCAAUGGCAUGCCAUCAUGCCCUCAGUUCCAUCCAAACUCAGGGAUUGCAAAAUAAAGUUGGAAGCUUUUCAGGGAAAAUAGUUUCCAAGGGCUCUAUGAUAGACAUGGGACUUCUUUCAAGAGCAAUCUGCUACUCUGUGAGAAGGAAUUUGUUUACGGUUCAUGCAUCAAGCUCUUCUCCAGUUGCCAAUCCAAUUCAAAUACCAUCAAAUGGCGAAUCUAAAGAUUUUAGGAAAAAAUCAGAUGAAACUGCACUUAUACUGAUAAGACAUGGUGAGUCUUUAUGGAAUGAGAAAAAUCUCUUCACAGGAUGUGUUGAUGUACCUUUGACUCAAAAGGGUGUGGAGGAAGCAAUUGAAGCCGGCAAAAGAAUAAGCAAUAUACCUAUUGACAUGAUCUAUACAUCUUCACUGAUUCGUGCUCAGAUGACUGCUAUGCUUGCAAUGACCCAACAUCGCCGCAAGAAGGUUCCAAUCAUCAAGCACAAUGAGAGUGAACAGGCCUGGAAAUGGAGUCAGAUACACAGUGAAGAAACAAAGAAACAGUCCAUUCCUGUGAUAACAUCUUGGCAACUGAAUGAAAGAAUGUAUGGUGAACUACAAGGCCUCAAUAAGCAAGAAACAGCUGACCGUUUUGGAAAAGAAAAAGUUCAAGAAUGGCGUCGUAGUUAUGAUAUUCCUCCCCCAGAUGGUGAGAGUUUGGAGAUGUGUGCUGAUAGAGCUGUGGCUUAUUUCAAAGAGCAAAUUGUACCUCAACUCUUGACUGGCAAAAAUGUGAUGAUUGCUGCCCAUGGAAACUCGCUUAGGUCCAUUAUUAUGUACCUGGACAAGUUGACUUCUCAGGAGGUCAUCAGCCUUGAACUGUCAACUGGCAUUCCUAUGCUUUAUAUAUUCAAGGAUGGAAAGUUUUUUAGGAGAGGAAGCCCAACCGGUCCUUCUGAGGCUGGUGUUUAUGCUUAUACCAGAAGUUUGGCUCUUUACAGACAGAAGCUGGAUGAAAUGUUCCAUUAACUACCCGCUUCAACUAGGCCAUACCAGAGUUCUCUCAUCAACAAAAAGCUGACCCAUUUGUGAUGUCUUAAUUCCUACAAGCAUCUAUUGAUGAGAUCUUUUUCCCCUUGUUCUAGAGAUGGAUUCGUGCAAUGCUGAAGAUUAUGC